AUGGAUUUCUUGAAGGCUGAGAUAGAGAGGAAAAAACGCCAGCUUCAAGAAAAAAAUAUAUUUCCUCCUAAUAAGAAAUAUUUCAAACGUGGUGACUUAAUGAAGAAAAACCAAGAGGAUUACCACAACAGAAAUAAUCCAACUUUGGACAGCUCCGAUGAUAAAGAAAAGUGUGAAGAAAAAGUUGAGGUGCUCAAUUCAGAGCCAGAAAACUUCAAGAAAGAAGAAAUACAGCUGCUUCGGAAAGAUGUUAUUCGUCGACUGAGAGACAGAGGUGAACCUGUACGGCUGUUUGGAGAGACAGAUUAUGAAUCUUAUCAAAGAUUAAAACGCUUGGAAACACUGGAACCUGAUGUAAAUAAGGGCCAAGGAUUUCAAAAUGAUUUUAAGGCUGCUCUGGACAAAGUGGACCAAGAAUAUCUGAAUGAACUUAUUAAAACUACAGAUGGUGCAGUCCAAUCAAAUGAUGUCUCUGUCAAAGAUGAUGGCACAACUUUGGAAGACAUCGAAAAAAUGAAAAAAGAACUUGGUGAAAUCGAUCGUGAUAGAGAUCAAGAAAUUGUUCUACGUUUCCUCAAGUAUAUACUAAAGUUGUGGGGAGAAGAACUGAACAGUCGACCAGAAGAACAAAAGAGGACAGAGAAAGGCAAGAUGAGUAGUGCUACCCAUACGCAGACUGUUGUUUACUUGAAGCCACUGUUUAGAAAGCUCAAACAAAGGAAAGUUGAAGAAGACAUUUUGGAGAGUAUGGUUGAUAUUGUGAAAAACAUGAUGGACAGAGACUAUAUAAAAGCAAAUGAUGCUUAUCUUGAGAUGGCCAUUGGCAAUGCACCCUGGCCGAUUGGUGUCACCAUGGUUGGUAUUCAUGCACGUACAGGACGAGAAAAAAUCUCUUCACGAUAUGUUGCCCAUGUACUCAAUGAUGAGACGCAAAGAAAAUAUAUUCAAGCUCUGAAGCGAUUAAUGACACAAUGCCAACACUUCUUCUCCACAGCACCAUCUCGAAGUGUCAAUUAUGAAUCCAUCAAAUAA